CGAUACGGCACCAGUACUACUGUCGCCACUAUUACGAGCGCAGGUCAUCACGGGACUCAGUCAUGGACAUACUGGGAGCAGUAGGCGGAGAAGGCGGUGACGAGGAUGACAAGGAGAAGGAAGAGGAGGCUGAGAGAGAGCGGCAGGAGGCUAUUAGGGAAGCUGAGGAGCGAAGAAAGGAGAAACAUCGUAAAAUGGAAGAAGAACGGGAGAAGAUGCGACAAGAGAUCAGAGACAAGUAUAACAUAAAGAAACGGGAAGAAAUACAGGAGGUGCAACAAGAAGAGCCUAAUCCUCUGAUGCGAAAGAAGAAAACGCCAGAAGAACUGGCGGCGGAGGCCGAGGCCGAGGAUGAGGACGAAUUCACCAAAUUGAGAAAUACGAUAGAAACGCAGGUGAACGAGCUCAAAUCGCAAAUCGAAAGUAAGUGUAGCCUCCAAUGAGCCUAUCAUAUCGCGCGGUUUGCGAGAAAGAUGACGACGAUGCCGUACGUCGUCGUCGGAAUCGCGUCCGUCUGUCAUCCCCUGCUGCCGGAAGGAAAAAUAAAAAAGGGAGUCGUAACAAAAAAGAUGCAGCGAGAAAGAGAAACGAUACGAUGCGGAGUAGUCAUCAGCAUUGGACACAUCGCCGUGUCGACCAAAUACCAUAAAUUGAUUCCAGAUCCAGCAAUCGAUGAAGUAGUCGAUCAAAUUGUUGUUUUCUUUCCGAAAGCAAAAUGAACAACGAUGUUUAUUUCCCGCGGAGAUUUUCAGGAGAUUCUUAAAGGAUUUUUUUUCAUUGCCGUCACGUUUGGAUGCCGCCUUUAAAAAUCAAAAAGUGAUGAAUGAUGAUUCUGUUUGUUGAGAAUUCCGUCUUGCGCAUGAAAAAAUCACCGGAUCAGAGAUAAUCGAGAGGGAGAAAAAUCAUUAUUUUUUUGCAGAGAAACCGUGAAAUAAGUUUCUCUCUCACAUACUAAGAAGAUUAAAAGUUACAAGAUAUUGAGAGAAUUAUAAAUUUACUGAAAAAAAGAAAUUGAAAGAAACUUGAAGGAAUGCGUUGAUAAUUAGAAUUGUGAAGAGAAAAUUACUAACUAGAAAUAAAAAACUUCGACUUAAGGAAGAACUCAAUGCUGAAGAGAAAGAAAGCUCCUCAAAAAAUCUAACAAGAGAAAGUAUAAGUACCAAUGGAAUUUAAAAUAGAAAUAAUCAAUUAGAAACGUAAAAUGGAACCUUAAAUAAAUUAUGAUUAUAAAUAUUUCAACAAAUCGAUUAAUCAAAUAGUCGAGUAAAUUGCUGGUGUACUUAUACGGUAGAUAAAAAAAGUCGGGAAAACAUUUUUAUAUAAAUCAGCGGAAUGAAAAAGGAAUUGUUAAGAAAAUAUAUAUCAAGAUGAAUUCUCUCUUACGAUAAACGACUACAAAUCCAGAAUCCAUAACAAAGAUGGACAUAAAAAAAUUCUCGAUGAAUAUCCUGAUAUUUCCCUGUCUAGUGCACGAAGAGACGCAAGCAUUGACGACAUUGAAGAAAAAAAAGAAUAAAGUCAAAAUUCAUUAGAGAAAAAUCGACACACAAUUGAUGAUUUGCCGCCUUGAAGAAGCAUGAAAUAAGUAAGAAAAAUGUUUCUCGAAAGAACGAAGAAGAGAGAAGAUUGCAUUAUAUAUAUAUAUAUAUAUAUAUAUAUAUAUAUAUAUAUAUAUAUAUAUAUAUAAACCAAAUAGUGUCAAAGGAAUUGGAAAAAUCUCAAAAUCCAAAUCUCAUCAUGAUGCGAAAAGAGCAAACCGCGUGGCGAAAGGACGGAAAAAGACUUCCGGAGGAGAGCGAGAGCGAGAUACAUGCGAUCGAAAUAUAUUGUGAUGGAGAGAGAAAAAAAUUACCGAAGACAAAAGAGUGAUGACGAUGUAAAUGACGACGAAGAGAGAAAGCGAGAGAAUGCUGGCUCGACCAGAGUGUGAGUUUUUUAUGUAAUUGUUGCAGUUAUAUAAAACCAAGUGCGAAAUGACGUUGUUUUAUAUAGGAUAAUUAGGUGUUCUGUAGAAUGUGUUUAGUCGUAGUUAUAGCUUAUAACGCGAAUCAAUUAUCCGGUAUGACACACGUUACAGGAGUGAAGUAUCCAACUACUGUAGAUACCGAUGAGUUAUUUUCUAUUUAUAGUUCGUCUAGGUGUUCUACAAUUACAGAGAAUUUUUGGCGCAAUUUGGCGGUGGUUUGAAUAUAAUCAAUCAUUGAUUAUUAAGCGGGAAGCUAUAAACUGGGAGAGAUUUUUAUUCAUUUUAAAUUAAUUACCAGAUUUUCUUUUUUUCCCUCUAGAUAUUUUAUGGAAUAUCUAGUUAUUCUAUGCUCUAAGAUCGAUUGUUGUACACACCACGAACGUUUCCAAGCAUGUUAAUUGAUUCUCUCGAAGAGAAAUGGCGCGACGUUUACGUUCCAUAGGGGAAAUUCUGACAAAUUGAAGCCUCGAAUUAAGAUCGUUACCAUACAUAACGUUUCCGAGACAAAAUCAUUUCGGAAUCUCUGCAAAAUUUUUUAGGAAGGAGAAUCAUCGAGGUUUCUUAAAUUUCCGACAACCAACAUGGCACGUUAGACGCAACCCAAGUAGCAAACGUACGUCAUUUUGACGUCAUUAGACAUAGAAUGACGUCAUUGGAUGUAGAAUGAUGUCUUUGGACGUAGAAUAAUGUCAUUAAACAUCCAAAUGACAUAAACGUCAUUGGACAUAAAUGACGUCAUUGGAUGUAGAAUGAUGUCAUUGAACGUGGAAUGAUGUCAUUAAACAUCAAAAUGACGUCAGUUUGCUACUUGGGAAGUAUAUUCGAUGAAUACUAUUCGUGUAAAAAAAAAAUGUAAUGACAUUUUUAGGAUCUUGCUACUUGGCUGUCAAAUACACGAAAGAAAAUCGAACCCAGUCGGAUAUUGGAAUAUAAAUAAUCUCAAAACGUCUCUAUUUUUAGAUUAUCAAUUAACAGCUCAAAAACGUACUCGUCAUACACAAAGAAAAUCUGUAUACUAACAUUUAUACCCGCUACACACAUAUACAAUCUGAAUUAAUUAUCUCUGAUUUAUCUGCUGUAUCUCUUUUUACAAUGUUUAUAAACUCUUCUCAUUUAGACAGUAAUUGCCGCAGCUUUUGACUAUAAAACGACGGCUUUCUAGCUAUGCAAAUUAUGAGGUAAAAAGACAAGAUGUAACAUUGCGCAUAAUAAUGGCAAAAUUAAAAAUUCUACAUUAAAAUAUGAUACUAAUUAUAUAUGU